CCCUUUUAAGAGUCCGCGGAGCGGCUCCAGGAGGACAUCGAUCGGGGCUAUAAAGGGCGGAGGCGCGGCGGCCUCGGUGACAGCGGGGGCGCGGCGGAGGCGGCGGCAGGGACCGGAGCCGCCAUGGACUUCAACGUGAAGAAGCUGGCGUCGGACGCGGGGGUCUUCUUCUCCCGAGCCAUGCAGUUUACUGAAGAAAAGCUGGGUCAGGCUGAGAAGACUGAACUAGAUGCCCACUUUGAAAACCUUAUGGCCAGGGCAGACUGCACAAAGAACUGGACAGAGAAGAUCUUGCGUCAGACUGAAGUUCUGCUACAGCCAAACCUUAGUGCCAGAGUAGAAGAAUUCCUCUAUGAGAAGCUUGACAGGAAGGUGCCUUCCCGGGUCACCAACGGGGAGCUGCUGGCACAGUACAUGACAGAAGCAGCUAAUGACUUUGGGCCAGGGACACCUUAUGGGAAGACUUUGAUAAAAGUUGGAGAGACUCAAAGGCGCUUAGGUGCAGCGGAACGGGACUUCAUCCAGUCUGCAUCCAUCAACUUCCUGACCCCCCUGCGUAACUUCCUGGAAGGGGACUGGCGAACCAUAACUAAAGAGAGGAGGACCCUCCAGAACUGCCGCUUAGACCUGGAUGCCUGCAAAGCCAGGUUGAAGAAAGCCAAAGCUGCCGAGGCCAAAGCAGCGGCUGUGCCUGACUUUCAGGAGACUAGACCUCGUAAUUACGUUCUCUCCGCCAGCGCCUCAGCGCUUUGGAGCGACGAGGUGGAAAAAGCAGAGCACGAGCUGAGGCUCACACAGACCGAGUUUGAUCGUCAGGCAGAGGUGACACGGCUGCUCCUGGAGGGCAUCAGCAGCACACACGUGAAUCACCUUCGCUGUCUCCAUGAGUUUGUGGAGUCUCAGACCAACUACUACGCUCAGUGCUACCAGUACAUGCUGGACCUGCAGAAGCAACUGGGCAGAUUUUCAGGCACGUUCGUAGGCAAUGCAGAAUCCACCUCUCCUCCCGCAGCCACUGCCUCUCCUCCGGCUGCUGCUGCCACCCUCCCUGCUGUGCCCACCAUCCCCGUUGUGCCCACCAUUGUUGGGGUGCCCAGUGCCGUGGCAGAGGGGGUGCUGAACCCAAAUGAAGUCAAGCCUCCAGCCAGCGGCACACGGAAAGCCAGAGUCCUCUAUGACUAUGAAGCAGCUGACAGCACCGAGCUGGCGCUCCUUGCAGAUGAGAUGAUCACUGUGUACAGCCUGCCAGGCAUGGAUCCAGACUGGCUCAUAGGGGAAAGAGGGAACCAGAAAGGGAAAGUUCCUGUCACUUACUUGGAACUGUUAAGUUAAAUGUUUCCAGGAAGAAGAAUGUACAAGCAGAAUGCACCCCUCAUCUCCUGGCACUCCUAAUGCGGACUUCUUCAUCUGAGACCAUUGCUCUCUUCAGGGUUGAUGCUUCAUUGCUAGUAUGGGAAUUGUGGGAAAGGAGUGGUAGAACUGUUACAGUAAGGUUUUGGGAAGGGGCUGGUGGCACCCAGGACUGGAUUCAUUCACUACCAGUGCAGCUGCUUUGGGGUUAGUCUUGAUGGUGCAAGAUUCCUUGAUCUCUUGUUUCUUUUCCUGCCCUACCCCAGUGUCAUUUAUCAUAGUGGCUUUCCCAGGGCGAGCAAGCUGUACCCCUCAGCUCAUGGAGUUUCAGUUACACUUCCCUUGUGCCUGGUGUGGGUUUAGCGCCUGUCUGCCCCUCCUGUCCUCCUUCAGCAGUACAAUUCCCCAAGUCAAACCAUCAAGCAUUCCAGUGGGAAGUGUCCCACACCAACCCCCUGAUGGUCCUAGCUCUUAAGGCAAGGAAGCUGAAUUUAAGAGCCCAUUAAACACAUCCACCUUGCUCAAGUGGGAGAACAGGAUCAUGAGGCUCUCCAAGAGCUAUGCUUACUGUUGUGGUGCCUGAUGGCUUUCAUCCAGAACUGGCCAGUGAAGCUGGGAGUUUCUUGUGGAGACAAGCCUAAUAACAUAGGGCCUGUAUGUCAGACAUCAAACCUCAGUGCAAGGGACCAUGCAUCUUGCUUGCAUUUCCUCUGAGAAACUGCUCACGGAUUGCAAAGAGUUUACAAGCUUUUUUACAAGCUUUGCUCCCUGUGGUGCUUGUCCAGGCUUUUUCUUUCAGUGCAUCUGGUCCAGGCAUGUUUUAGCCUGACUUUAUUUCCCUCUGGAUCACUGAUUUCAGUAACGCUUUCCCUCCCAUCACAGCAGUGAACAGACUUGGUGCAUCCUAGGACAGAAAGGGACAGUCCCACUUGCUGUUAUCUCCAACCACGAGCUACUCUUGGCCAUACACACACUAACCAAGCCAGGCUGCCCGUGGUGGUUUAGCUCUGAGGGAGUGCUCAGGUGUGUAUGCCUUUUAAUCCUAUAAUGAGCUUUUGAGCUAGAGCUCACCUUCAGGACUCCUGCUGCUGUGUAUCUGGUUUGCCCCUCAAGCUGGAUGGAAGAGAAUCUCACCUGCACCAAGCGCUCUGUUCACAGCCCUCCCCUCGGUGUGACAGAACUCACUUUGCUUGUUGAUUGACUUUUGCACUUUCCCCAAUGGUAUCGUGACCACUCUGAUGUAACAGGGCACCGAGCACCUCUUGGGGGGGGGCUUAUGGGUUUCAGCACUUAUUUGCCAAUAAACAACCUGCCUGAG